GGUGAGGGCCCCGCCUGCGAGUGGCUGCGCAGCAGCGGCCUCCGAAUGUGUGCUCUGGGUGCAGACGGGGAGGUGCUGAAGGAGAGGGGGCUGACGGUGCACGUAUCGCCGCCCGAGGCUUCAACACUGGGCUUAGUUCGCGAGCUGGUAGCUCGAGGGGAGGCCCAGGGCGCCCGAGUAAUGUGUCCCGUACCGCUGGUGACGGGUGGCUUGGUGGAGCCUCCCGUGGUGCCUAGAUUCCUUAGGGCUCUGGAGGACGCAGGCUGUACGGCUGUACGGCUUCCCGCCUACCUGACCACCCUGGGUUGCUCCCCGGGGGACGUCUCCCUGGAGCGUAGGGCGCUCGGGGAGGGCGGGGUGGCGGCCGUGGCUUUCAGCUCCACUGCGGAGGCAAGUGUGUCGGCUCAAGGCUUGUUGCAACUGAUGGGCGGCGCCGAUGCCUUCGCUGAGGCCGUUGUACGGCACGGGGUAUUGCUGGCGGCACAUGGGCCGUACACCGCAGAAGGAGUACGCGCCGUGACUGGUGGCCUCCAAGUGGGGGCCGUUUCCCGGAACUUCUCCACCUUUGACGGCCUCGUGACAGCGUUGGAGGAGCAUUUUGCGAGUAGGGAAACGAGUACUGCGGCCGCAGCUACUGUAGGAGAAGCAGCAGCGGCACUUCAUUCUCCGUAG